GGUCACGUGGCUGAAUGUGUACGUGUGAGUGCGUGUCAGAGAAAGGGGUAUAGGAGACAGAAUAGAGGGAGGACAAGGAGAGGAUCGAUCCCAGUCCCAACCGAGCAGUGGGCCGGAAGAAUAUUGGAGAUUUUGGCCCGAGGCACGCAACAAAAGACCCGUUUGUUGGCUCUAGCUUCCUUAACUCUGUGGUAUCCGGCUGUCUAUAGGCAGUCGAGCCCCCGGUGUUAGGUAUCGCAACACGAUGCUCCCGACCAGACGAUAGGUGAUGACAGGUGCCAAGCGAGCGCAAUGUCGGCUAGACGUGGUUGAGGACACAGGAGGUCCAGGAGGAGAGACCGCAGUGGGGGAGAGCCCUGCUUCUCCGAGCCCCUCUAUCCAGGCCCACAGCCCCCAUGUUCUCCCCAGCCCCCCAGGAGAAAACCCCCACGGCCCUGGCAUCCACCAAAGGACCCGUCCCGUACGGGGAGCUCAUCCUGCUGGGGUACAAUGGCUCCCUCUCUCCCACAGGGGAGAAGGGGAGACGAAGAAGCCGCUUCGCCCUGUGCCGCAGGGCCAAGGCCAACGGGGUGAAGCCCAGCGUGGUUCAUGCCUCCUGCACGACCCAGGCCGCCAAGGCCAUCAGCAACAAGGACCAGCACAGCAUCUCCUACACCCUCUCCAGAGCGCAGACGGUGGUGGUAGAGUACACCCACGACGGCAGCACAGACAUGUUCCAGGUGGGCCGUUCCACGGAGGGCCCCAUCGACCUGGUGGUGACGGACACAGUGCCCGGUGGCUCCCAGGGGCCGGCGAGCCGGCUGUCCAUCCAGAGCACCAUCUCCCGCUUCGCCUGCCGCAUCAUCUGCCAGAGGAAUCCCCCGUACACCGCCUGCAUCUACGCAGCCGGCUUUGACUCCUCCAAGAACAUCUUCUUAGGGGAGAAGGCGGCCAAGUGGAGGACGCCGGAUGGCCAGAUGGACGGACUCACCACCAAUGGCGUGCUGGUGAUGCACCCGCACCAUGGCUUCACCCAGGACUCGGGUCCGGGCCUGUGGAGGGAGAUCUCUGUCUGCGGCAGUGUCUUCACCCUGAGGGAGACCCGGUCUGCCCAGCACCGGGGGAAGAUGUUGGAGGCAGAGUCCCAGGAGCUGGUCGACGGCUCUCUCAUCGACCUGUGCGGCGCCACCCUCCUGUGGCGCACGGCCGAGGGCCUGGCCGGCACGCCCACCGUAAAGCACCUGGAAGCGCUGCGGCAGGAGCUGAAUGCGGGCCGGCCCCAGUGCCCCGUGGGCUUCAACACGCUGGCCUUCCCCAGCCUGCGGCGCAGUGAGGUGCUGGACGACAAGCGGCCCUGGGCCUACUUGCGCUGCGGCCACGUGCACGGCUACCAUGGCUGGGCGGGCCCUGGGGGCGGUGGCCCCGAGGCGGCCGGCGGCGAGGCCAAAGAGGAGUGGGAGUGCCCCAUGUGCCGGGCGCGGGGCAGCUACGUGCCGCUGUGGCUUGGCUGCGAGGUGGGCUUCUAUGUGGACGCGGCGGCCCCCACGCACGCCUUCUCGCCCUGCGGACACGUGUGCUCGGAGAAGACGGCGGCCUACUGGAGCCAGAUCCCGCUGCCCCACGGCACCCACACCUUCCACACCGCCUGCCCCUUCUGCGCCCUGCCGCUGCUGGCCGAGCGCGGCGGCUACGUCAGGCUCAUCUUCCAGGGACCUCUGGACUAGUAAAGGGAGAGGCUCCUGGAGUAGUGGAGCAGAGAGCGAGGCUCCUAGGCUGCGGUGCAUGGGCCCCUGGACUAGUGGAGCAGAUGGAGGGGUCCUUCAUGGCUCCACACUAAAGCCAACAGUGACUGUAUGCAGGGCCGUUGCUACAAUUCCUGGGCCCCUAGACAAGAUUUACUGAUGGGCCCCCCUGCGCUGAAUUGUUG